CUCUCUUCCGUUCUCCAUUGGCUGUGUCGCGCGUCCUUCAGAUCAUCCCCCGGAAGUACACCCACGUACACAACAAAGAUGGAGGGCGACAUUUCGGACUCGAACAGACCUCAAAUGUUUUUAUUUGGUUGCACCCUCCGAGGGGACAAACGAGAGUACAAAGUUGAGGUGGACGAGGACGAGACGGAGCAGCAGCUGUCUCUUAAAGCGGCGUGCUUGGGAGCCGAGGCCGAGGACAAGUUCCACAUGGUGGAAGUGGAGGCCCUGACUUAUGAUGGAAAGAGCAGCAAAGUGCCGCUGGUUGUGCUGAAGCCAUCCGUCCUUCCCUCGAUGACUUUAGGUGGCUUUGAGAUCACGCCGCCAGUGACCUUACGUCUCCUGUCAGGGUCAGGACCGGUGCACAUCAGCGGGCAACAUUUUGUCAGUGUGAAAGAUUCAGACGAUGAAGAAGAAGAACACAACACCUCUCCAGUCAAGCGUCCUGCUGGCCUGAUGGCGGGGAAAAAGCUUCCGCUGAAAAAGCUGAAGAUGGACGACGAAGAGGAUGAUGAUGAUGAUGAUGAUGAGGAUGAGGAGGAUGAUGACAGUGAUGAAAGUGAAGUGGCGCCCCAGAAGAGUGCCAAGAAGGGCCCCACAACAGCCAAGAAGGAGCAGAUGAAACAAAAUGGCCCUGCAGCAAAAGCGCAGAUGAAGACACCUGUUCCGGGGAAAGACAAACCCCAGGCCGGCCCGUCUAAAUCUCCGACUUUGGCCGAGAUAAAGAGCAAGUUGUCAGCGGCAGCCAAAGAGGGGAAACCGCUGCCCAAGACCGAGCAGAAGUUUGAGAACUUUGCCAAGAGCUCCUUCAAGAUUUUGGAGAAACACGUGGUCAAGGAGCUGUGGACCUUUGUCAAAAGUCUGAAAGUGGACAAGAAGUAGACCACCAGGCUGGCUGCCAUCCCCCUUGCUUCCUGGCAGGUGAUUUAAAGGCACAGUCGGCCACAUUUCCUACUUAGCUCUUUCCCCGUGUCAACCUGCCUCUUUGACUCCAUUCUGCUCGCCCUUGAGCUGCGACUACUCCACACCUGUAGCGAGGAGCCACCUGCUGCACACCUGUGGAUGUCACUUCUCACCAUCUUCAGGUGCUGCAAGAUCUUUAAUUGUCUGUGUGCUACUUCCUGCAUUCUGUCCAAUCACACGCCCUGAUGCCGUAGGAAAUGUUGCAGACUGUGCCUUUAAAUGUCCCGCUUCUAACACAAGUCUCCUAUCUUACCUGACAUUUUCAGACAUGCUUUUUACUUGUGCUCCAGCUAGCUGUUUGCUAAAACGUUAGCACCAAAGCUGUGGUUUGCAGUCAUCACAUGUUCUCCAUCCACAAAUACACAUUCUUACAUAUCUUUACAACUUUUUUUAUGUUGGAUGUUCUUGCAAGAACACACCUGCCCCUUCUGAAACGCUCCACUCUGCUCUACUUUCCACACUAUAGAGCGCACCGUACCUACUACCGCUUAGAAGGAAACAUCUUCCCAUAUAUGAGUGGCAGAUAUGUACUCUGUGAAAGACGUCUUUACACAGAAAAUAUUUUGUAAACGUUUAUUUACAUACCUAAACACAGUAACUCAAUAACUCCACGCUGACGUUUUGCUGAUUUUACUGAGGAGUUUGUUAAAGUGAAACAAUAAGAAAAGGAAUGCCAUUGUAAGUUAAUAAUACUACAAACUCAUAAACCUGUUAGCAUUUCAGCUAAUGCUAACGACGCGAGCCUGAUUACAUUAUGAUAGCAGGUAGAAAUAUGUAUGACAACACGCCUACAGACAUCACACACGGGACGCUUUAGUGAGUAAGAAUGGUUUUAGUUAUAUUGUAAAACUUACAAUCCUUACGAGUACAAAGAACCACUAUGGACAGUUUUACUUCCGCCUCAAAGCAUUUAAACAGCGAAAAAAAACCUGUAUGAGAUGACCGUAUUUUACGGUAUAUAAGCCACACCCACUCAUUUUUGGAAGAAAAAAAAUUGAUGCCUGACAAGUAGCUGUACUGGACCAUAAAUUGCAGAUAUGUAUGUGAAAUUAUUUCUUUACAUACCUUCAUUGUUUCCAAAUGGUGUCUGUAACGCGGCAGUAAAACGGCGGAUAGAACAAAACAUCAGUCAUGAACCUUUGAUGCGAAAUUUAGCUCUCCCACCAGCUAAUCAGACUCAAUAAAACCACGCUGACGUGUUGGUGCAUUUACUGAUAAAUUUGCGAAACUGAAACAAAACAAAAAAGAAUGCCAAUAAUUUCAUAAUCGUCUUAUUAUAUUAGCUAAUGCUAACGACACUAGCGCCAUAAUAUUACGAUAGCAAGUAGAAAUAUGCAUUAAAACUUAUACAGACAUCACACACAGGAUGGUUUAGCAAGUAAGAGUUGUUUUAGUUAUAUUGUAAAACUUACACACCUUGCUUGGAAUGACGAAUCCAUACGAGUAGAUUUGCAAUGGAUGGCUAGAAGACGGAACGGGCACUUUUACUUCCGGUUUUAAAUUUUUAACAGCAGGAAACACUUUUAGCCAUUCACCCAAAUUCAUCCAAAAGAUGGCGCCAUGUCACAAACCAUAAGACGCCUUUUUAGCUUCUUUGCACCUGUUUUAUAAAAACUUUUGGCAUGAUGGCCGUCAGCGAAUAAAAAUCCAAUCAAUCAGCCGCGCCGUUUAAUAAGCCGCAGGGCUCAAAGUGUAGGAAAAAGUAGCGGCUUUUUGCGCAAACAAAGGCUCCUUUUGCCGAGAUCUUGCCAACGCAAUUUGGAAGAGGAAUAUGACUUGUGUAACAGCAACAGCUGUUCUUUCUGGAACGUUCUUGAGUUGCCAGCAGGCUCCUGUGAUUCAGCAACAUCAUCAGAAGGUAUCUAUUUCAGAGGGACACCAGCCUAAAAGAUGUCAUUGUCAGCACGCUCCAAUGUGGACGCAUGAAAUACACAUUUGAGUUGUCAGCACCCUCCAUUGUGGACAUAAAAUACACAUUUGAGUUGUCAGCACCCUCCAUUGUGGACAUAAAAUACACAUUUGAGUUGUCAGCACCCUCCAUUGUGGACAUAAAAUACACAUUUGAGUUGUCAGCACGCUCCAAAGUGGACAUAAAAUACACACAAUUGAGUUGUCGUCACACUCCAAUGUGGACAUAAAAUACACACAAUUGAGUUGUCGUCACGCUCCAAAGUGGACAUAUAAUACACACAUUUGAGUUGUCAGCACCCUCCAUUGUGGACAUAAAAUACACAGAAUUGAGUUGUCGUCACACUCCAAUGUGGACAUAAAAUACACACAAUUGAGUUGUCGUCACACUCCAAUGUGGACAUAAAAUACACACAAUUGAGUUGUCGUCACACUCCAAUGUGGACAUAAAAUACACACAAUUGAGUUGUCGUCACACUCCAAUGUGGACAUAAAAUACACACAAUUGAGUUGUCGUCACACUCCAAUGUGGACAUAAAAUACACACAAUUGAGUUGUCGUCACACUCCAAUGUGGACAUAAAAUACACACAAUUGAGUUGUCGUCACACUCCAAUGUGGACAUAAAAUACACACAAUUGAGUUGUCGUCACACUCCAAUGUGGACAUAAAAUACACACAAUUGAGUUGUCGUCACACUCCAAUGUGGACAUAAAAUACACACAAUUGAGUUGUCGUCACACUCCAAUGUGGACAUAAAAUACACACAAUUGAGUUGUCGUCACACUCCAAUGUGGACAUAAAAUACACACAAUUGAGUUGUCGUCACACUCCAAAGUGGACAUAAAAUACACACAAUUGAGUUGUGGUCACACUCCAAAGUGGACAUAAAAUACACACAAUUGAGUUGUCGUCACACUCCAAUGUGGACAUAAAAUACACACAAUUGAGUUGUCGUCACACUCCAAUGUGGACAUAAAAUACACACAAUUGAGUUGUGGUCACACUCCAAAGUGGACAUAAAAUACACACAAUUGAGUUGUGGUCACACUCCAAAGUGGACAUAAAAUACACACAAUUGAGUUGUGGUCACACUCCAAAGUGGACAUAAAAUACACACAAUUGAGUUGUGGUCACACUCCAAAGUGGACAUAAAAUACACACAAUUGAGUUGUGGUCACACUCCAAAGUGGACAUAAAAUACACACAAUUGAGUUGUGGUCACACUCCAAAGUGGAGACCUAAAAGCGUGCGGCCAAAUCAGGCUUAAGAAGUAUUUAUGAUGACAUCCGACCAGGCGUCUUUUUAACCAUUUCUAUGCUUCACCUCAGCAGGAAUCCAAGUGUGUACACGUCUAACAACUCAUUUACUAAAUGUAUUCUCCUACUUUAAUGAAUGUAGUCAACCCUUUUUUUUAUGAGUGAUAGUUAUUUUGUGUACGGCAGCUGGACAAGAAUAUUAUUUUAGGACUCUAGUGUGUAACUACUACUUUGUAACAUUAGUCUUCAUUUUCUUCCUCCCUCAGCACUCUGUGAAAUGUGCCCUAAUAAAGACAGAAUCUGUUUGAUAAAA